AUGAACUUUACAGACAGAAUUGGGACGACAGAUCCUGCUGUUAUCAUCGGACCCCAGAGAGCGCGUCAGCUCAUCUGCGGCUACAUCAACACCACUUUAUUUGGUGUCUUAUCGGUCCAAGUUUUCAUAUUCUACUGCGCCUUUCCGUGCGAAGCGCUCUACCUCAAGCUCCUGGUGUAUGGUGUCUACGUGCUGGAGACGGUCCAGACGGCGCUCUUCGUGGAGCAUGCAUUUCGCAUGUACGUCGUGAGCUUCGGGAUUAUUGAGGGGAGCAAUAUCGUGGGCACGUCAUGGUUUAGCGUGCCGAUUCUUACCUCCGUCGGUACAUGUGCGAUACAAUUUUUCUACGCCCAUAGGGUGUACAUCCUCUCACGGAGAAAGGCUUUGAUCGUUGUCAUCCUAGUCCUCGCCCUCAUCCAACUAUCCUUUGGAAUUGCAACGGGAGUCCUGGCGCACCGAAGCAAGAUAUUCAUUCCCAUCACCUUCAUGCUACAACUCGCGACAGUGAUAUGGAACGCAACCAGUGCCCUGUGCGAUUGGAUCAUCACAGUUUCCAUCAUCUACUACCUCUCUCGUACCCGCUCCCCAAUAAAGGAAACCCGCAGGCUAGUCCGCCAGCUAAUCCAGCUCUCGCUCGAAACAGGGCUUCUGACGAGCGCUCUCUCUAUCGUAGCUCUCCUCUUUAUGCUCCUCCCGAGCAACAAACUCGGGCCCGCGUAUGAGGGAGUCGCUGUUAUUCUAGGGAAGGUUUACGCGAACUCGAUGCUCGUGCUUGUCAACCGACGGGCGAGGAUCACAAGUGACGAUCGGGAACUCCAGGAGUUCGGGGGAGGGACAACGCGGAUCUCGUUCAGGAUGGCGGAUGUUGAGAACGGGAUAAGGACGAAGCCCCCAGAGGGGGGCUUCGCGGCAGGAGAGAGCUCGUCGUCAUCGGUGGGGUAUGGCCACAUGGGUUCGGGUGAUUUUCUCAUGCCUAUGCAUAUGGGCGCUAACCAAAAGGAAUGGAAGCAACAAGUGAGACAUAAUAAGCGCCUGUACACGCUUCACCGCGUCAUUUCUCACGAACGUCUUGCGUACCUUGCGCGAAGUGGGCGUAUAUGGUGCUAA